CGGCAGGCAGAAUGAUCGAAAACCACCGUGGCGAUCACGAUGAUGAACGGGAAGAAGAUGACCGCGAAGAAAGAGGGCCGCGGCGGAGUCGAGGUGGUGGUUCCUCACUACUACCAUAUUGCCGACGGCGGAGUCGGAAUAACGAUGGAAUCAUGAACUUGAACGGCUCUAAUAACAAUGAUAUUCCAGCAACAAAUUUGGAAGAAGAAGAAUUGGUGAAACGAAAUUACUACGUGCUGACGCUGGAGGUCUACGCGGCCAGGGACAUUGACCGUCAGAGGGGCCCAUUCAAGAACAGGUCAGCAUGGUACCAGGUUUGCGUCACCGAGAGCAUGGACCAGAGGCAAUUCAGUACUAAGGAAGUCCAGACGGAGGGGAAGGUGGGGCCGGUUUGGAAAGAGGCGGUCCACAUCGAGCUUGAAGAGCUUCCCACCGGGAAGGAGGAAAUCUGGUUGUUUAUUGAGGUUUUGCGGCGGCGGAGUAGUAGUAGUGGUGGUGGUGGUGAUGGGCGGAACGCGUCGUCGUCGUCGACCGGGGUGAAUGUGGUGGGUCGGGUGAAGAUUCCGGUGCCGACCCAAUUGGGUGACUACGGAACCCGGGCACAGCAACUGGUGAGGAUGGCGGGUGAUGAGAAGAAGGUGGAAUCCUUGCUGAAUAUGAGGCUCAAGCUUACCAUGAACACCAGGUUUAUGGUCAACAAGAAGAAGAGAAAACUAAUUCUCAUGGACUGACAAUAGUCUCUAGAGUGGUUUUUUUUUUUUUUUUUUUAGGGUUCUUCUUCUUAGGGUUUCAUUUUGGAUUAUUGGGAUUUAAUGUUGCUCAAAUCUGUUCCAUUUAUGAUUCAUCAACAUGGUAUCACCAAUCGGGUUGUGAUCCCUAAUUUGUAGUAAGAGUUUUGAUGAUCAUAUUCAC